AUGUUGGCUAAACUAAUCUGCGCUCGCCAUAAACCCCGACAGCAGACGAUAAUCCCAUUUGACUUUGUGCCUGUCAUAUUUGAGGAGACUCCGGUGGGUGAUGUACGUAUGUUGGGAGGAAAGUUGGGUCAUGCCAUACAGGGAAGACUACCUGUUCGGACAAUGGGCGACCUCGCUGUGGUUCCUUUUGAACUUAUUGAGAAGCACUUUGGAAGUUCAGCACAGUGGAUAAGCCAGUUGGCGAAAGGAUAUGACGAUGAGCCGGUGAAACCGCGUAACAAUCAACUAUCUAUUGCCGUUAGUAAGAACUUUUUAGGAAAAAAUGCGCUUCUCACUGUUGCUGAGGUGCGACGGUAUGUUGAUGGAUUAUCCAAGGAACUAUGCAAAAGGCUCAUAGCUGACCAGGUUAAGAAUAAGAGAACCGCAGAAAAUGUAAUUUUUGGCAUUAUGAAUGACUCAUACAUCCAUGCAUCCAAAACGGUGAAAAUCUCUUCCUAUAGUCCACAGGCGAUCGCAGAGGCGGUGUGGAGUGCAGCUAAAACGUUUAAUAAAGCGCCGCUUGGAAGUGAUCAGUGGGUACCACCCGUCUUCAAUCUAUCGAUGAGCGCGUCUCGUUUCACAAAUGGUCUUAGUGUUCAGUCGCAAAACAUUAUGGAAUGGAUAGAAAAACGACUGCGGCUUAAUGAAAGUGGUAUGAAAAUAGAUCAGCUGCCGUCGACGGCAUCGCCGGGGCCAAAAGCAGUCGUUCAGAGAGAUUCAGAGAGGCCUAUGGAUCUGGAGAUGCCUAGUACAUCCACAGCUGCUAUUCUUUCCAGCAACUCCUCAUCUAUGAGUCCAGCAAAGGAGAAAAAGCACGAGGAGCGGCCUGAAGUUAUGCUGGAUGAAGAUGGGUGGCAGGUUUAUGAUCCAACGCUGUUCGAGUCAGUGACGACUACAAUUGCGAUUCCUGCAGUGGAGUUUACCGACAUUGGACCCAUCUCCUCGUCUGUUUUUGAAGAAUUGCCAGCGAAUAUCAAAGCGGAGUUGGAUCAUUUCCACAAAUUAGAACAAGCAAAAAGACUAAAAGCCGCUGCUGAAGAACGCGAGAAGAAACCGAAUGGAAAGAAACGUGCCCCUAACUCAAACGCGAAAGGACCACCGGCUAAGAAGAAAUUAGAGGAAUUUUUUAAGAAAUUUUAG